AUGGCAAAGUACAGUACUUUUCUCGCCCUCCUCCUUUGCCUCUUCCUUGUUGCUGCAACUGAAAUACAAAUGGCAGAAGGCAAAUACUGUUGGAAAAAAAGUGACAAGUGGAAUGGACCUUGUCAAUACUCUUACAAAUGUAGUUAUCAUUGCAAGCACUACUAUGGAGCUAAAUAUGGUAUUUGUAAGAAGUACAAACCAUGGGGUCACAAAUAUUACUGGGCAAAAUAUGCUUGCUACUGUUACUCACCUUGUCACUACUAAGAAUAUUUCAGUGUCUCAUGGC